AUGCAGAAGACACUUCCUCUUAAAGUCAAAGAUCCGAGAAAUUUUACUAUUUCUUGCACUAUUGGGAAUUGUGAAAUAGGGAAAACUCUUGUUGACUUAGGAGCUAACAUCAAUUUGAUGCCUUUAUCUGUGCUUAAGAAGAUUGGUGGUCUUCAGGUCAAAUAUACAAUUAUGAUCUUGCAAAUGGUGGAUAAAUCCACCAAGAAUCCUUAUGGUGUAAUGGAGGAUGUUGUGGCUCAAAUUGACAAACUUAAAUUCCUAGUGGAUUUUGUAGUGAUGGAGAUAGGGGAAGAUGUGGAGAUCCCUCUCAUUCUUGGAAAACCAUUCAUGAAGACAACUAAGGUUGUCAUUAAUGUAGAUGAAGGAAUGUUGACGCUGAAAGACCAAGAUGAGGAGGUGACUUUCAAUGUCUUCAAUGAUGUGCAGCCUAUUCAAGGAAAGCAGACCAGUUUGAAAAUAACAUAUGAAGUUCUACCAGAAUCUAGUAUCUAA